AUGUAUUUGAGAAAAAUACGAGAUCUAAUUGACUAUUGUGAAGGCGCUUUAGACGUAAUUGAUGGCAAGUCAGUAAAACCUGAGCCACUAUCUGAAGGUGCUAAUGAUGCAGCAAUAAAGGAUCAUAGAACCAAGUCAGAUUUCUAUCGUAAAGCAAACAGUUAUGCCAAGUCGAUGAUUACAAGUGCAGUUACGGACACUGUGUAUCAGACGAUCAUGGACAAAGAAACGGCUCAUGAACCAUGGGAGGGAGAAGAUGUCUCCACACACGUAGCGAAGUUAACAAGUCUGUGGAAUGAACUAAACAACGUGCUUAAAGCAAAGGGAGAAACUGUGAUACCUGAUCUGAUAUUGAUGAUAAGAAAACAGUUGAUGAAUGAAAAGAACAAUUGUCCAUGUUUGGCAGAAAUUUCACAGAGUAGUGACAAAAUCGAACAAGAGGCAUUAGUAGUCAAAUCAGAAUCGGACCCCCGGGGCAGAUAUUAUGAGAAGUGGAUUGGGUAUGGAAGUACAGCUAAAAAUACAACUGUGCAGAAAAACAUGGACAAAACUGUAGUAACGAAUGUAGCAUUGUUUACUAUUUCUGGCGAGGUUUGUUUGUUAGAAGUGGGUGUAUACAAUUGGUGGACUCAAAAUGGUGCAACGAAACAUAUGACAAAUAGUUCUGAUUACUUUGUCAGCUUUGAAGCAUUCAACAAUCCCUGCUGUAUAAAGGCCCCUGGACAAGAGUCUCUAGAAAAAACAGGAAGAGGAUCAGUUCGGAUUCAGUCAACAGUUGAUAGCAGAUGUGAAGAGCUGACCCUGACUGAUAAUGCAGAAUUUAAGCCAUUAGUGCCAGAGAAGGGUGCAACUGCAAAUAUUUCGCUGGAAGAUAGAUUUGAUGUACUUCAACUGUAUCAUGAGAGCUGCAGUCAUCGAGACAAGUAUCAUGUUACACCAAAACUCAAAAAGGAAUUUAAAAUUGAUGUUAAGGAAGGGGCAGAGAUUUAUGAACCAUGCAGAUUUGGGAAAGUGCAUCGUACACCAUUUGGAACUAGAGAAAAGUCAACAAGGCCUGCUGAGUUGAUAUCAACUGAUCUGUGUGGACAUUUUUAUAAGUCAUUCCAGAAGAAAUGUUACCUCGUUUUGUUCAAAGACAAUUACACCAAGUUUCACUAUUGUUAUUUUGGUGUAGAAAAAUCAGAGUUGAGUAAAAUUCUCAAAGAUUUUUUCUCACAUACAAAGGCAUUGGAGUACUCUGUUAAAGAGAUGCUGAGUGACAAUGGCAAGAAGUUUGUUGACAAAGAGAUUAUAUCAAUCUUAAGUUCAAAUGGUAUAACACAGCGAUUGACUGCUCCCUGUACUCCUAAGCAAAAUGGUAUUUGUAAGCAGGAUACUAGGACAGUUGUUGAGAUGGCCAGGACACUUAAGUAUUCAAAUCCAUAUGUCAUUUAUCUAGAACAGAUAUGGGCUGAACUAGUUAACACAGCAAUUUACAUCUUGAAUAGGACAGGGAAGUCAUCUGUAGAAGGUGUCAGUUCUUACGAGUUGUGGGAAAGGAAAAGGCCUUGA